AUGCCCCCGACUCUGGGGCUGCUGCUGUGGCUGAGCCUGGCGGGUGCCCUUCAGCCCGGCCUCGAGCCCCCCCAGUAUGACCCCACCGAGCAAGGGGCCGCCCUCUUCGCCAGCGCCUACAACAGCACGGCCGAGCUCGUCCUCUUCAAGAGCGUCUCAGCCAGCUGGGAUUACUACGUCAACCUGACGGCCGAUAACGCUGCUUUGCAGGUCCAGGCAUCGCUGGAGGAGCAAAACUUCACGGAGCUGUGGGGGAAGAAAGCCAAGGAGCUCUACGGCAGCAUCUGGAACAACUUCCAAGACCCUCAGCUGAAGAAAAUCAUCAGCUCCAUCCAGACCCUGGGACCCUCCAACCUGGCCCUGGAGAAGAGAGAGCGGUACAACACCAUCCUGAGCAACAUGGAAAAAAUCUACUCCACAGCCAAGGUGUGCCUGCCCAACAGUACCUGCUGGGAGCUGGAGCCAGACAUCUCGGACAUCAUGGCCACCUCCCGCAGCUACAAGAAGCUGCUCUAUGCCUGGGAGGGGUGGCACAACGCCGCGGGCAUCCCGCUGCGCGCCCAGUACGAGGAGUUCGUGAAGCUGAGCAACGAGGCCUAUCAGAUGGAUGGAUUCAAGGACACGGGCAGCUACUGGCGCUCCUGGUAUGACUCAGCCUCCUUCGAGGAUGACCUGGAGCAUCUCUACAACCAGCUGGAGCCACUCUACCUCAACCUGCACGCCUUCGUCCGGAGGAAGCUGUACGACCGCUACGGCCCCAAAUACAUCAACCUGAAGGGUCCCAUCCCUGCUCACCUCCUGGGCAACAUGUGGGCUCAGCAGUGGAACAACAUCUAUGACCUGAUGGUCCCCUACCCCGAGAAGCCCAACCUCGACGUCACGAGCACCAUGGUGCAGCAGGCCUGGAAUGCCACCCACAUGUUCCGGGUCUCGGAGGACUUCUUCACUUCCCUGGGGCUGCUGGAGAUGCCCCCGGAGUUUUGGGCGAAGUCCAUGAUUGAGAAGCCGACGGACGCGCAGAAGGUGGUGUGUCACGCUUCAGCCUGGGACUUCUACAACCGCAAGGACUUCAGGAUCAAGCAGUGCACAACGGUGACCAUGGAGCAGCUGUUCACGGUGCACCACGAGAUGGGCCACGUCCAGUACUACCUGCAGUACAAGGAUCAGCCCGUCUCCUUCCGCAGCGGGGCCAACCCUGGCUUCCACGAGGCCAUUGGCGAUGUCAUGUCCCUGUCUGUCUCUACCCCCAGCCACCUCCAGAAAAUCGGUCUCCUCAGCAGUGUCACUGAGGACGCAGAGAGCAACAUCAACUAUCUGCUGAAGACGGCCUUGGAGAAGAUCGCCUUCCUGCCCUUUGGCUACCUCAUCGACCAGUGGCGCUGGAACGUGUUCAAUGGCCGCACACCCCCGAACCGUUACAACUACGACUGGUGGUAUCUGAGAACCAAAUACCAGGGUAUCUGUGCUCCAGUUCCAAGGAACGAAACCAACUUUGACCCUGGAGCAAAGUACCACAUCCCUGGAAACACCCCUUACAUCAGGUACUUUGUGAGCUUCAUCCUCCAGUUCCAGUUUCACAAGGCGCUGUGCCAGGCAGCCAACCACAGCGGUCCCCUGCACACCUGUGACAUCUACAUGUCCAAAGAGGCUGGAGCCAAACUCAGGGAAGUGUUGAAAGUUGGGUCUUCCAAGCCAUGGCAAGAAAUCCUGUUCAACCUCACUGGCACGGAUAAGAUGGAUGCUGGGGCCCUCCUGGAGUACUUCAGCCCUGUCACCAACUGGCUUCAGGAGCAGAACAACAAGACCAAUGAGGUGCUGGGCUGGCCUGAGUUUGACUGGCGUCCCCCUAUCCCUGAAGGCUACCCUGAAGGCAUUGACAAAAUAGCAGAUGAAGCACAAGCUAAAGAGUUCUUGUCCGAGUACAACAGCACGGCCGAGGCAGUGUGGAACGCCUACACGGAAGCAUCCUGGGCCUACAACACCAACAUCACCAACGAGAACAAGGAGAUCAUGCUGGAGAAGAACUUGGCCAUGUCCAAGCACACCCUUGAGUACGGCAUGAGGGCCAGGCAGUUCGACCCCUCUGACUUCCAGGACCAAAGUGUCACACGCAUCCUCAAGAAGCUGAGUGUCAUUGACAGAGCAGCCCUGCCUGAGAAUGAGCUGAAGGAGUAUAACACCCUCCUCUCAGAUAUGGAGACCACGUACAGUGUAGCCAAGGUCUGCAGGGAGAACAAAACCUGUCACCCACUGGAUCCUGACCUCACAGACAUCAUGGCCACCUCACGGGACUAUGAUGAGCUCCUCUUUGCCUGGAAGGGCUGGCGGGAUGCUUCUGGGAAGAAGAUCAAGAACAACUACAAGCGAUACGUGGAACUGAGCAACAAGGCAGCUGUGCUCAAUGGCUACACAGACAACGGGGCCUUCUGGAGAUCCCUGUAUGAGACACCCACCUUUGAGGAAGAUCUGGAGAGGUUGUACCUGCAGCUGCAGCCCCUGUACCUCAACCUGCAUGCCUACGUACGCCGAGCGCUAUACAAAAAGUAUGGUGCAGAGCACAUAAACCUGAAGGGUCCCAUCCCUGCUCAUCUGCUAGGCAACAUGUGGGCCCAGUCAUGGUCCAACAUUUUCGACCUGGUGAUACCUUUCCCAGAUGCCACCAAGGUGGAUGCCACCCCAGCCAUGAAACAAAAGGGCUGGACACCCAAGAAGAUGUUUGAAGAGUCGGACCAUUUCUUUACCUCUCUGGGCCUCAUCCCCAUGCCACAGGAGUUCUGGAACAAGUCCAUGAUUGAGAAGCCGACAGACAAGCAGGAGGUGGUGUGUCACGCCUCGGCCUGGGACUUCUACAACCGCAAGGACUUCAGGAUCAAGCAGUGCACCGUGGUGAACAUGGACGACCUAAUCACAGUGCACCACGAGAUGGGCCACGUCCAGUACUUCCUGCAGUACAGGGACCAGCCCAUCUCGUUCCGCGAUGGGGCCAACCCUGGCUUCCAUGAGGCUGUCGGGGAUGUCAUGGCCUUGUCCGUCUCUACCCCCAAACACCUGCACAGCAUCAAUCUGCUGGACCAAGUCAUGGACAACGAAGAAAGUGACAUUAACUACCUGAUGAGCAUUGCCCUGGACAAAAUCGCCUUCCUGCCCUUCGGGUACCUCAUGGACCAGUGGCGCUGGAAGGUGUUUGAUGGGCGGAUCAAGGAAGAUGAGUACAACCAGCAGUGGUGGAACCUCAGGAUGAAGUACCAGGGCUUGUGCCCACCAGCACCAAGGUCUGAAGAUGACUUUGACCCCGGGGCAAAGUUUCACAUCCCUGCCAAUGUCCCCUACAUCAGGUACUUCGUCAGCUUCGUGAUCCAGUUCCAGUUCCACCAGGCACUCUGUGCGGCAGCCGGGCAGAAGGGUCCCCUGCACAAGUGUGACAUCUAUCAGUCCAAGGAGGCUGGGAGGAUCUUGGGGGAGGCCCUGAAGCUGGGUUUCAGCAAGCCGUGGCCCCACGCUAUGGAGCUCAUCACAGGGCAGCCCAACAUGUCAGCUGAUGCCCUGAUGAGCUACUUUGAGCCGCUCAUGACAUGGCUGGUGAAGGAGAACGAGAAGAACAGGGAGGUUCUGGGCUGGCCAGAGUACAGCUGGACUCCUUACACAGCCCAAGCCGGCUCCAGCCGAACUGAUUUCCUAGGCAUGUCCCUGGCCAGCAACCAAGCCACAGCAGGCGGCUGGGUCCUGCUUGCCCUGGCACUCAUCUUCCUGAUCACCACCAUCUUCUUGGGCGUCAAGUUCUUCUCAGCCAGGAAAAAGGCCUUCAAAUCCAGCUCAGAAAUGGAACUGAAAUAAGGCAGUCAUCAGCAAGGGAGC